AUGUCUCGAACACCUUCACCCACCAAUAAAGCAGAGAUGAUGUUCUUGGGGAAAGAAUGUCGUCAUCCAGCAUGUCAUUUACAUGACUUCUUACCAUUCUCAUGUUCAGCAUGUCAAUUGUCUUUCUGUCAGCUACAUUUCUUACCUUCUCAACACUCAUGUGCAGCACCGUUACCAGCAUCCAUGAUCGAUCGAAUAGCACCUCAGUGUCCAAUGUGUAAUGAGAUCGUACCAUAUCCUAAAUCGUUGGAUCCAAACGAAGCAGUUGAGAAACAUAUAUUAUCGGGAACAUGUGCAGGUUUUGAAGGUGGUGAAGAACGUAAAAAAGCUGAAUUGAAAAGGAAGAGGGAAAAAGGUGAAAUUUGUUGGAGAAAAGGCUGUGGAAAGAAAUUAGUCGUUAAAAUGCAAUGUGAUCAAUGCAAACACGAUUUCUGUCCAACGCACAGACAUUCAUCUUCACAUUCAUGUACACCAAGCAAUACACCUUCUUCCUCUAAUACGAAUUUACACCAAUCUCAAAAUCAAAAUCAGAGACCCGCUGGAAAAGCAGCCUUAUCACGAUUAUUGCCUCCAUCCAUGACUCCUCCAAUGACCAGUACAGCCUCCGCGAUCAAACCCCCUCAACAACCAAUCAAGUCAUAUUCUUCUCAACCAAUCAAUCCACCUAUACCGGUCUCAUCAUCAGCAUCAAAACCUCUAGAUGCAAAAGCUGCUGCAGCUACUGCUGCUAUAAAACGAGCAGGUCAAGAUGUCAAAGUGCCUUUUGUUAAGACAAAAACAGAAAAGCGCUCACAAGCGGAGAUCAAUUCUACUAUACAAGCUCUGAGAGCCAGACAUAAUAAAGGUCUGCUCACGAAAGCAGAGGAGAUCAAAUAUGCUGAAUUAGUAGGAGAGAAAGAAGCGGGUAAGAGGAAAAUUGGAGGUGAUAAGAAAGACGGGAAGGGAGAUUGUAUAAUCGCCUGA